CCGCUUGGCUUAGUCACAAAUCUGUUGCGCCUGGUAACGCUUGAAUGGGAUUCUCUCUUUCUACUCUGCUCUGCUCUACUCUGCUCCUCCAAUUGUGAUCUGGUGAUCGGGAUUUGUGUCGGCUUUCGGAAUGAGUUUGUCGAAGCAUCUGAAGGAGCUGCAUGGGGCAGAGCGUCAGCAAUUUUUGGACUCCUUUGAUCUGGUCUUUUGCGAUUGUGAUGGCGUGGUGUGGUAUCCGCUGCGCGACUUUAUACCCGGCUCGGCACGGGCUCUGGCCCAACUGCAGCAGCUGGGCAAGCGGCUGACAUUUGUGACCAAUAACAGCAUCAGUUCCCCGGCGGAGCAUAUCGAGAAGUUUGCCCGCCAGGGCAAUUUGCAUAUAGAAGAGCACCAGAUCGUGCAUCCGGCACAGACCAUCUGCGAUCAUCUAAAGUCCGUGCAGUUCCAGGGACUCAUCUACUGCCUGGCCACGGCACCAUUCAAGCAGCUGCUCCAAGCAGCUGGCUUCCACCUGGCCCAAGAGACCGUUCCGACUGUCAUCAAGAGUCUGAGGGAUCUGCAUGAGGCCAUUUUCGGGGGGGAGCCCGUGCAGGCCGUUGUCAUCGAUGUGGACUUUAACAUGUCGGCGGCCAAGCUGAUGCGUGCCCAUGUCCAGCUGCAGAAUCCGCAGUGCCUGUUCAUAGCUGGUGCCUCCGAUGCUCUUAUACCGUUUGGCCAGGGCGAGACCAUAGGUCCUGGUGCCUUUAUCAAUGUGGUAACCGAAUCGGUGGGCCGCCAGCCCCUGGUGCUGGGCAAGCCAGGCGAUGCUUUGCGCCAGCUGCUGCUGCAACGGCAUCCGAACAUACCGCCGGCCCGUGUGCUCUUUGUGGGCGACAGCCUGGCCAGCGAUAUUGGCUUUGCGCGCGCCACUGGCUAUCAGACGUUGCUCGUCCUCACUGGCGGCACCAAGGCCGCGGAUGUGACACGCCUGCCAGCGAAUCAUCCACAGCGGCCGGACUUUGUGGCCGAUUGUCUGGGCGAUUUGUUCGAUUAGCGAUUGCCCCUCAGCCGCCCAAUUGCAGCUAGUUAAAGUGGUCCAUUAAAUGGUUGGUCCCAUAAAUGGAUGGGAUACAUGAAAGAGGGCGUACUACUAUAUUAUUGUAGAUAUAUUUUGGCUUGGAUAUGGGGAAAGUAAAUUGUGCCCUUCCUGGGUUCCUUUGCUCCCCAGAAGCACAAACCCAAUUGGCUAGAAAUUGAAAACAUUUAAAGGGUAUCGAAUAGUCGUAGCACAGCACAAGAGAGCCCCCUACCAUGCCAUGCCAUUAGCCUUAAUCGUAGUAUGUUUAGUGCCAACUAUAUUUCAGAUAACGAUUAAAAUAUGAUGUUGUGCUGAUUAGCAAUCAAA